GUGUGUAACCUUGUGCUCUUACCGGAAUUACUAAUCUUACUUUCGUAGGCGAGGAGCACAUAAGGUCCUGCGACUUCUAACUCUGAACUUGGAUAUGCAUUAAACUAAUUGGGGAUAUCUUCAGUGAAUAACUUGCUGCUUGAAGAAAGGGCUUGAGUAACUGAAGUUGUGAAAUUCAGGUUCAUACAACACUAGGGACCAAAGAAGCAUACGUAACAUUUCUGUGGUGCUGGGACCAACCUUCUGAAAGAAGACUCUAAAAUAACUUUUUGCCUUCAAGUUGUUUGUCCUGGAACUAACUUGUCUUUGGAGAAGAGCUCAAGAGAGAAAAGAUUUUCAUAUUGGAACUGUUAUAAACAAAGCUAUUUAAAGAACUUGCUACCUGAAGACAGAUUUACGGAGGUUGAGUCCUGCUUUUCAUCUGUGUUCCCACCUCAGACUGUAAACAAUGAGUGAGUUUUGGUUGUGUUUCAACUGCUGUAUUGCAGAACAGCCUCAGCCUAAAAGACGAAGGCGGAUUGACCGAAGCAUGAUUGGGGAGCCAACAAAUUUCGUUCACACAGCUCAUGUAGGAUCAGGAGACCUGUUCAGUGGAAUGAAUUCGGUCAGCUCAAUUCAGAACCAAAUGCAGUCCAAGGGAGGCUAUGGAGGUGGUAUGUCUGCAAAUGUUCAGAUGCAGCUUGUAGAUACAAAGGCAGGAUAAUCUUGGGGAAACCUUUCCAGUUUAUGUGAAUUCCUGUAUCUUCCUUCCUGUGUCCCCUCUUUUGCCUUGGUGACUGCUUUCUGUGCUCAUGACGAGAGAAGCGAUGACUCAUUGUUCACCCUUUGUGAUUACUCCAGUGAAAAGUUGCUGUUCUGCUCUGAUGAUGCCAUUUAUCAGAUUGGUCCAACCGUGCCUUUCGGCGGCAUGCACACAUUGGCCUCUACCAGUAUCAUGGACAUAGAGCUGUUUAGGUUUGUUUUUAGCUUUUUGUUUGUUUUAAGGCAAAUUAAAGCACCAACCUUAGCUUCCCUCAUCCCUCACAAAUCCUAAUGCACAACAUUCUGUUGCUUUUUAGUCUUUAAAUCUUUUCUCCACUCAAGUAAUUUAGAAAUGAGUGAGUUUCCAGUAAUGUCUUCAAUCAUGUAUUGUUCACACCCAUUUCUGAAAGGUCUGGGACCUGCAAGCACAAAUGAUUGUUUCAUAAAAAAUCAGCAGAGUAGAUGACUGCAUGUUUUGUGAGGUUGCUUUGUAUGGUGGCACGCUUGGUGCUAGAAGAAAAAAAAAAUUGCUUACUGCAGACUGGUGAAAAAUUUUGCUGUGGCACCAAGUCAUGCCUGUUUCUGAAAAAGGACUUGUAACUUAGCUGCUUCAGAGUUAUGUCUUUAUUUUAGUUUUUAUCCAACUGGUCUUGAAAUAAUAAAGAGAGAGCUUGCAUUCAUGAGGCAUUUGUUGUAAAUGUUCAGUAUAUUUAUUUUGAAAGAGCUGACCUUGAGACUGUAAACCAGUGUAGUACCGUAUCUAAGUGUUGUGGAAGCGCUUUAGUCUAUUUGAAAAAGAAAAGCAUCACUUUGGCUGCUUCUUUACAGUUUUUCUUAAUUUUAGGCUGUAUGGUCAUUUCCAGUAGCAGCAUGUCAGACUGCCUGCAAUAUUAGCUGAAAAGUUUAGUAGACCUCUCUAAGUAGUUGGCACUUUCUGUGUACUAAAUAUUUAGGGGCCAUGGAAGUUGCUAAGAGCAACAUACUAAUCUGGCAGAACAAAUGCCAAUGAAAACAACUUACAGGGUGACUUUUUACUAAGUCAGUAAAACGCCUUUUGCUCAGGUUCCAAAGCAUGUUUCUCUCACAUGUUGUGAAAUUGUAUUUUAAUAUUGCACUGUUUUCAGAUUAUCUCUGUAAAUGGUCCCUUCUUUUCCUCCUUGGUGGUGGUUUGAGAGAAGUCAAUGAUUUGAGUCCUGGUUGAGUCAAACUGUAUGUGAAAAAACCCCAUCCAAACAAAUAAGGCAUAACUGAGCCUAGUCGGAUCCAUUUUUAUACAUAAACACACGUGUUCAUAAAUACAGAUUGCUGUCAUAAAUGAUUCUGUAUUCUUCUUCCAUCCUUUCCCUGAUUUCACGUUGCAACAGCUGUCAGGUUCAUUUAAACAUGUAUGAACCUACCUGCUCUUCCCUCUCAGUUUGCAAACAACACACAAAAUAGAGGGCCAUGGAGGUAGUUUGCCUUCCCUAAGUCAUAUUCCAGUGGUAGGUGUCAGUUACCUGAUCGAAUAGUUCGAAUUAGGCUGGAUAGUCUUUACUGAAAAACGUACUGAUUUGUGACAACAGAAGAUCAAGAUGUUCAAUUGUCUGGGUGCAUAAACAUGGCAGUGCAGUGAUAUAUUUUUUUUAGGUGUCAACAUUUCCAGUGCCACUUUAUGAAUGAGUCUUAACUAUACUAUGAUUACAAAAUUAUUUGAACUUUGUCAUUGGUAAUAGCGGCUUAAAUUUGCUUGCCAAACCUAUCUUGCACUUGUCAAAAUGUUUUCAGCUCCAUAGCCAAGAAAAAAAAAUUGACAUAUUUUUAUAACGGACAUACUUCUUUUGUACAUUGUGUUCAUUCUUGAAUAAAGUCAGUUCAGUGUUGGCUUGUAGAUAUUAAAAAGAAAGUAUUGAGUUUGAUUCAAUAAAUGUUUUCUUUCA